UUUUCUUUUACCCUUUUGGAGAAUGUUUCGCUUUGGAUAUUUGCUCUUUUUCUGUGGGCUGAGCCAAGUUAUGUCAACUUAUCCAAUUUGGUGGUCGUUGGCCAUCGGCCAGCAGUACUCUUCUCUGGGGACGCAGCCCAUCCCGUGUGGCACCAUCCCGGGGCUCGUGGCGAAGCAGAUGCGGUUUUGUCGGAAUUACAUGGAGAUCAUGCCCAGCGUGGCGGAGGGGGUGAAGAUCGGCAUACAGGAAUGUCAGCACCAGUUCCGCGGCAGGAGGUGGAACUGCACGACGGUGAAUGACAACCUGGCCAUCUUUGGGCCCGUCCUAGAUAAAGCCACCCGGGAGUCGGCCUUCGUUCACGCCAUCGCCUCGGCCGGGGUGGCCUUUGCCGUCACCCGGGCCUGCGCGGAGGGCACGGCCACCAUCUGCGGCUGCGACAACCAUCACAAGGGCCCCCCGGGGGAAGGCUGGAAGUGGGGGGGCUGCAGCGAAGACAUGGAUUUCGGCAGCAUGGUGUCCCGGGAAUUCGCCGACGCCCGCGAGAACAGACCGGACGCCCGAUCCGCCAUGAACAGGCACAACAACGAGGCCGGGAGGACGUCCAUCACUGACCACAGACACCUGAAAUGUAAAUGCCACGGCCUGUCCGGAAGCUGCGAGGUGAAGACCUGCUGGUGGUCGCAGCCAGACUUCAGACUGAUCGGCGACUAUCUCAAGGACAAGUACGACAGUGCUUCCGAAAUGGUGGUGGAGAAGCACCGGGAAUCCCGCGGUUGGGUGGAGACCCUGAGGCCGAAAUAUACUUUUUUCAAGCCGCCCACGGAGCGGGACCUCAUCUACUACGAGAGCUCCCCCAACUUUUGCGAACCCAACCCAGACACCGGAUCGUUCGGAACCCGAGACAGGAUAUGCAACGUGACCUCUCACGGGAUUGAUGGGUGCGACCUGUUGUGCUGCGGACGAGGGCACAACACGAGGACUGAGAAAAGGAAAGAGAAGUGCCACUGCAUCUUCCACUGGUGCUGCUACGUCAGCUGCCAGGAGUGCGUGAGGGUGUACGAUGUCCAUACGUGCAAAUAAGCAGCCAUUCGCGUGGCAAGACUUUUACCUUCCAAAACACAAACUUGAGUCUGGUUUUUCCAGGCUUCGGCUCAGUGAGUCCUUUUUCGAUAUUACAAAAAAAACUUGAGACCGCUUGACUAGUAAAAAGUCUAACGGCGUCUUGGAAAUCCCAAGGUUCUCCUUGAAAGUAGCCUUCUACUUAGUCUGAAAUUUCUUGAAGCAACCCCGCUGUUACCCCACCGUCGGUUGGAUGGGCCAAUUUUUGUAGCCAGACGUGAUUCUGGCGAAAAGAACAACUUUUCACACUUCGCUGUUAAGGUUCCACUGCUGAUGUCUGAAAUGUUUUGAAUUAUGCUUCACCUGCUCAAAAAGUGAAUCAUUGAUACAACAUUCCAAGUCAAUUGUUUUUCCAAUUGACGGAAAAAAAAUGCCGAUGCCUUUCUUGUAGGUUGAUCUAGAUAUAGCCAUUCAUUUCAACACAUCUGUAGCGAUUAUAUAGAGUCGAGUCAUGGCUUAACAUUGCGUAAAAUUUUAGCAAAUGGCCCACCAG